AAAUGCACUUCCGCCUUCCUGCCUGAACUCCAGCCCGGUUGUAUUUAUUCGAAACCGUUCCCACUUUGCUCCUUUGACGAGAAGAGUGCGGUGACUUCUCCGAAUGCCCAUUAUUUUUUUUUAAACAAAAAAAACUCUUCAAAGUUGUUUUUAGCACAAUAUGCGACAGUUGAAGGUAUUUCCGGUCGCAGAUGUUUCGAGCGAGUGAGUCGCGGUGCAACUUUCCGAACGGUUCAAUUCACGAACAUCCGUUUUGAUCAAUACUUGACUUGAAAAUUGUGUAUAGUUAUAGUUAGUUUUUUAAUGACCCAUCAGUUUGAGUUUCUUUGGGAGACUCAUGGACCACAACGGAGCCGAGGACCGUCCCAGGCCAGACGGGGCACCCUUUAAUAAUUUUGGCACGGCGGUCGGGAACAGGCUCAAGCAUCACGACAGGUCAAUAGUAAAAGCCACUCCGUUUCACAUCGUCAGUGAUGUCGGAUUUAACCGCAGCAGCGCACGACCUGGUAGCUCUUCGGUAAAAAGAUUGGCAUCUCCCGGCAGCCUGCUACUAGGCACAUCGGGACAACUGCAUGCUCAACUUAUUCAGAAGGAAGUGACUGAUGCAGCGUCGGUGGGAACCUCAGACGCCCCAACAUCCAGAACAACCAUUGAUCAAGCCAGAUCAAUUGAAGAAACUCGUACAAGUACACGUGGGGAUGAGCCUGCAGGGAGGAAAACAACGUUGGACCUGACAGACAUGCGCACUUCUGAUUCACCUGACGUCACCGAGAUUUGUGUUAAAAAUGCUGUAAAGAAGAAGAAAAGGAAGAUGGGACUCUACAACUUUGUCCCAAAAAAGAAGGCAAAGCCCCUGAAACACCCGGUAAAGAAAUAUGAUUCUCAGAACACCGUCCAGAUGAGCUGUGUUGGAGUAGAUGGGAUUAUAUCUGUGAUUAAAAAAUAUGGAGAAGGCUCAAGUACAAGAAGUGAAUCUUUCAGGGAAGCACAAUUUGGAGAAGCAAGUCAUGUUGAAUACGCAGAGCUGAAUUUGGACUGUCUUGAUCUAAAAGGCCAGGAAGAGCUACUUUUACCACACUCCACAGCAGUUGCUGAGGUGACAGAAUCAGACUUUGCUGAAGAGUUACCAUUGUGCUGCUGUCGUAUCGAGACUCCUCCCAGAUUGUCUGAACAGGAUAAGACCUGUAUGGCUAUGGAGAACACAAAUGGAAUGCUGAAUCGUUGUCAGAGGCUAGUGAUGAAGCAUGAAAUGAUGAGACCUUCCACCGCGGUCCAUUUGCUGGUUCUGUGUGAGAGGCACAGGGCCAGCAUGGUUAAACACCAGUGCUGCCCUGGCUGUGGGCUCUUCUGUAGUGUGGGUACCUUCAUGGAGUGCCAGCCCUAUGGUAGCAUUUCCCAUCGCUUUCACAAGGACUGUGCCUCUAUUUUGAAGGAUCAUAGGUUUUGCCCCCAUUGUGGAGAGGAUGCCAGUGGGGCAAAAGAGGUCACAGUACACACACCCUCCCUCCAAAGAUCAAACACAGGGCCAUCACUUCCCGCUGUACCACCAAGACCUGUUACACAGAUACUCAAGGCUAAAAAGACUUGCGAGCCACAAAGGAGUAGAGAGCUGAAUUUCAGCAGUGGCACUGCAGGCGGAAUUCCUAAUGAAUCACUAGAGAGUAUACUGAUGGGACUAGAUGAUGAAAACCUGAAACCAACAAAAGUAAAUUACCCUACCAGGCAGCUAUACAUUUCUGCAAAAGAAGGAGAGCUCCAGAGGGUCAUUCAUCUCUUGGUUGAUGGAAAGGAUCCCAACUUUCUGAUGGAUGCCCAAAACAAACGCACGCCCCUACAUGCUGCUGCUACUGAAGGGCAUAAGGAAAUAUGCCAUAUGCUAAUCCAGGCUGGAGCCAACCUGGAAAUGUUUGAUGAAGAGCAGAGAACACCCCUGAUGGCAGCUUGUGAAAAUAACCAUUUAGAGACUGUAAAGUACCUGAUUCGGGCUGGAGCAGCUAUUAACCACAAGGAUGUAAUGGGUUUCACCUGCCUGCAUCUGGCAUCCAAACUGGGACAUUAUGACAUUGUACAACAUCUGCUCUCCAGGACAUCCAAGUACAUCAACUGUCAGGAUGAAGGUGGAUGGACUCCCAUCACCUGGGCAAUAGAGCACAAGCACAAGGAGGUGUUCUACCUAUUGCAGGUCAAAGGGGCUGACGUCAACAUCAGAGACAAGGAACAGAACAUCUGCUUGCAUUGGGCAGCUUUAUCGGGGUGUGCUGAUGUCACACAGGCUCUGUUGGAUGCACAGUGUGACCAAAAUGCUGUGAAUGUUCACGGAGACCUGCCAAUUCAUGUGGCUGCCAGAGAAAACCAUCUGGACUGUGUGACGUUGUUUUUGUGUAAUGGAGUUAACCUGAAUCAGAAGAACAGGGAAGGACAAACUGCUUUAGACUGUUGCAUUAAGGGCUCAAAGGUAUGGGUGGCCCUUCACGCAAGCAAAAAGCUGAUUGAUACAAGGAGGAACUGGGAUUGUCUUGGCGAGCAGGUGCUCAUAAGGGACAUUUCUCGUGGGUAUGAGGCAGUUCCAAUAAACUGCGUUAAUGGUGUUGACAACGAGCCAUAUCCUGGAAACUUUAAAUACAUACCAGACAACUGUGUCACUUCCCCAGUGAACAUUGACAAGGACAUAACUCACCUUCAGCACUGCAGUUGCACAGAUGACUGCUCAUCCAGCACCUGCACGUGUGGUCAGCUCAGUCUGCAAUGUUGGUAUGAUAGUGAGGGCCGCCUGUUGCCGGACUUUUGUCAACAGGAUCCACCAGUGCUUUUUGAGUGUAACCAUGCCUGCUCAUGCUGGAGGACCUGCAAGAAUCGAGUUGUUCAAAAUGGAUUGAGGAUCCGACUCCAGCUCUUCAGAACCGAGAAAAUGGGCUGGGGAGUGAGAGUCAUGCAGGAUGUCUCUCAAGGGACAUUUCUUUGCGAGUACGUCGGUGAGCUCAUCACUGACACAGAAGCCAAUAAAAGAGAGAAUGACUCUUUCCUCUUUACACUUGACAAUAAGGUAGAUGACAUACACUGCAUCGAUGCAAGACUUUUUGGUAACAUCGGCCGCUUCAUUAACCAUCUUUGUGAGCCCAACCUGUUGGCCGUGAAGGUAUUCACCAUGCACCAGGAUUUACGGUUCCCAAGGAUUGCUUUCUUCUCCAGCAGAACCAUUAAAGCUGGAGACCAGAUCGGGUUUGACUAUGGUGAUCACUACUGGAUGGUGAAGAGUAAAUAUUUUAGCUGUGAGUGUGGCUCACCCAUGUGUCGCUACUACUCUGGAAGAUAGACAUCGAUGACCACAUUGAAGUCCAGCCGGAGAUUCUCCUCUCGCUUUCUGUAUAUAUUACAUGUACUAUCACAUUAUUAAACACUUUUUUUUCCACA